AUGACUGUCGUUCACAUUGUCCUCUUCAAGUUCCGCUCCGACGUCGACACGUCUCACCGCGAGACCUUUGUGCGCGAGCUCAAAACCCUCAAGGACCUGCCAUGUGUGAAGAACCAACGUCUCGUGGUAGGAGGGCCGUCGAUCACCGAUCCCAUUGAGCGGAGUAAAGGCUUCCAGAUCUGUCUACUGAGUUUUCACGACAGUCCUGCCGCACUGGCAGAGUAUCAAGCGAGCAGCGAGCAUCACAGGGUAACAAGUCAGUAUCUCUGGCCUUUUGCAGAGGAUGUUACAAGGUUCGAUUUCGAAGUUGAUGAGAAAGAUGAGGAUACAUUCGAGCGUAGCUUUGGGUUUUUUAGUUGA